UCCUUUCCCCUGUAGGGUAUAAAAGCAGAAGCAGAAGUCGUCCGAGUCGGAGCAGCGGCAGCAGACCCGACUCCGACCAGCAGCUCCUCUCUCCUCCUCUUCACCCGAGGCCCUGAACGCCCCGCCGCCACCAUGUCUGAUCCAGGUGCCGCCCCGACCUCCUCUCUGGCCCCCCCUCCUCCCGCCGGACCCCCUCCCAAGAUGACGAACCGCGGCCGCUCCGCGGACCCCGUCUCCAGCUCCAACUCCGACUCCCCCGACAUGCCGGAGUUUGAGCCCUUCGGGGUCCCCGGCCCGAGAGGCUUCCCCCCCAUGACGGAAUAUUUGGACAUUUCCAAAGUGGACAUGAUGAAGGGGCCGGACCAGAGCAACAAGAAGCAACACCGCACCGCGGUGUUCAACUCCGACUAUCUCAUCGUCCGCCGAGGUCAAGAGUUCCAGGUCAAGGUCACCUUCAACCGACCCUACGAAGCGGCUAAGGACACGUUCGCAGUGGAGUUCGUCAUCGGCUCCAGCCCUCAGUACAGCAAGGGCACCUACAUCCCCGUCUUCCCCACCAAGGAGCGCCAGAGCUCCUGGGAAGGCCGCAUCGUGGACGCCGCCGGCUCCACGGUCACCAUGGGCGUCACUCCCGCGGCAGACUGCAUCGUGGGGAAGUACCACAUGUACGUCGCCGUGAAGACGCCCUUCGGCAUCCGCAGGACCAGAUGGGACAAGAGCCGAAACCUCUACGUUCUCUUCAAUCCCUGGGUGCCGGAUGAUGCCGUGUUUCUGGACGAUGAGAGAGAGAGGCAGGAGUGCGUGAUGACCGAGAUGGGGAUCAUCUACCACGGCUCCUUCGACGACAUCGCAGAGAGGAACUGGAACUACGGACAGUUUAACUUCGGGGUCCUGGAUGCCUGUCUGUACAUCAUGGACCGGUCUGACAUGCCCAUCACCAACAGAGGAGACCCCAUCAAGGUGACCAGAAAGGCUUCUGCUAUGCUGAACUCUCGUGAUGACGAUGGCGUGCUGGUGGGGAACUGGAGCGGCAACUACACCUACGGAGUGGCGCCCACUUCCUGGACCGGCAGCACGGACAUCCUGCUCACCUACGCCAGCAGCAAGAUGCCCGUCAGCUUCGCUCAGUGCUGGGUCUACGCCGCCGUCUUCAACACCUUCCUGCGCUGUCUGGGCAUCCCGUCGCGGGUCGUCACAAACUACUUCUCCGCUCACGACAACGACGGAAACCUGAAGACCGACAUCAUCCUGGACGAGGACGGCCGGAUCGACCGCGUCCGCACCAGAGACACCAUCUGGAACUAUCACUGCUGGAACGAGUGCUUCAUGACCCGACCUGACCUCCCAACCGGCUUUGGAGGCUGGCAGAUUGUGGAUGCAACGCCGCAAGAGACCAGCGAUGGCAUGUACAGAUGUGGUCCUGCAUCAGUCCAUGCCAUAAAACACGGGCAAAUAUGCUACCCGUUCGACGCUGCCUUUGUGUUUGCUGAGGUGAACAGCGACGUGGUGUUUUACACCCGGAGUAAAGACGGCUCCCUGGAGCUGGUCAAGGUGAACCGGACUCAUGUGGGCCGCAUGGUUUUGACCAAGACUCCGGGAGACGUGACCCGUCGAGAUAUCACCGAUCAAUACAAGUUUCCUGAAGGCAGCGCCGAGGAGCGGACCGUCCUGCAGAAGGCGGAGCAGUUCGGCUGUCAGCGAGACAAGUCCGACCUCCCCGAGGCCGACGUGGAGCUGGUGCUGCCGGCCAUGGAGAUCAGCGUGGGCGACGACUUCGAGCUGACCCUGGAGUUCGUGAACCACAGCGGGGAGGAGCGCACCGUGGACGCCUACAUCAACGGCAGCGUGGUGUAUUACACCGGAGUCACCAGCUCCGAGUUCCUGUUCAGGAGCCCCACCGUGACCAUUGACCCCAAGAAAAGUGUGAAGGAGGUGGUGGAGGUCAAGUCUAAAAAAUACAUGAAUUCCCUGGUGGAGCAGGCCAACCUCCACUUCAUCGCCACCGGGAAGGUCAAGGAGACGGGCCAGAUCGUCACCGCCAUGAAAGUCGUCACUCUGCACAAUCCCAAGCUCACCGUCACGGUGUCCGACGGCGGCAAAGUGAACGAGGAGAUGACGGCGACCGUGGAGUUCACGAACCCUUUCAACUUCGGCCUGGAGGCCGUCUACAUCCGCAUGGAAGGACCCGGGCUCAUGCUGCCCAUGUCCAAAUAUUACAGUCUGAUCCCAGCACAGUCCUCUCUGACCUGGACCGAGUAUUUCAUCCCGCAGCGAGCCGGCAGCAGCCGGCUGAUGGCGUCUCUGGACUGCGCCGCUCUCAGGCAGGUCGACGGCACGGCGUCCGUCACCAUUGCCGGCCGGUCGCUGUAGGACCCCCGGCGUCCCUCACGGAUGAUAAACCUCUCACGUAGCAAAGCGAGAGGUUUACAGCUGGCUUAACAGGCGUAUGGCUUCAGCAUCUACGAUACGAAUGGCAAUUUGAAUAUUUUAACAGUUAAAGGAACGGCGCGUGUUGCAUUGAGGGGGAUAUUUUCACUGUAGUUCUCCUACAAGCUAGUUUCAGUUAGUUGCAAUAUGCACCUUCACCGCUAGAUGGCGCCAAAAACAAGACACACAAUAAUCUCUCCAAAAGCAGUUAAAUUAUAUUCUCUUUAUUUGGGGUUAAACAUGGCUGUCUUCGACAUCAUUCAUUCAUUUAAUCAUUCACAACUCAUUAUAAGGACAAUAAAGACUUAUCUAGUAUUAUACUCUAUAUUCAGCGGUGAACAGGGGAUUUCUUAAAAGAACUAAUUGCUGUUAAAUUUGUGACUUUUCCCACUUAGAAUUAACACACUCACAUGAAUAUGCAGUGUAGUCAAUGCAAGACACUGUGGAAGAAAUAGUGAGUGAUUUAAGGGAGUCUGUGAUUAAAUUAAUCCAUUAAUCUAUUUUUAGCCAUUAGAGACAGAAUUACACAAGACGAGAUGACAGAUAAUUAGUUGUGAAUGUGAGCUAACCAUGUGAUGCUUUGUUUCAUUUAAUACAUAAUAAAUGUUGAUUAAAUGCAGCUUCAACUAAUUUUCAAGAUGUACUCCCACAAUGCAACUAUUAAAAGUGUUCACCUUUUUACAUCAAGCAUCAA